GCGCGGUUUCCAUGAACUUCUCAGUUUGUUUACCACAAUUUGUCACUUCGUAAGCCAUAGCUGAAAUUGCCUUUCGGAUCAAAUCUCCUGGUGCGAAUCUCUAGAAAUGUAUGAAGCGGCAGUGAGUAUGUAUGUUGAGCACCAAUGGCGAAGUUUUCCUCGACGUUUGCGGUGAAACUUGCACAAACAUAAAUUAACGGAUAAUCUUCAAACGGUUGUUUGAUAUUGAUCUAUACUAAGAUCAGUAUGGAUAAAUUUCAUCGGAACAAGACAGCAAUUCGCAUAAAAAUCAUCAGCAUGGGAAACGCUGAAACGGGAAAGGUUAGUCGCGAUAAAUUUGAUUGCUUACUUGGUUCUCGACCAAGUUAGAACCUGUAGUUUCUACGUUUACGUUUUUACCAGUUUGACAUUUGCGGCAAACGCGGGGUAACGAUUUAUAAAACAUAAGGGAGAUCAAGCUUAACUUCUUGUAUGUAUGUUUUUUCUCUAGUUUCCAACAGUUUUCGUGCACAUGUACGUAUACGUGUAGUCGACUUGUUCGUCAGUUGAAUUGAUUGGAAGUAUACCGGUAAUUCACAUUUCAAAUUACACGAGUAUGCUAUUGAAAUGUUACAGAUAACUGAGCGUUUAAUCGUUUGUCUUCGAUGUAAGAGUCAGGCUAAUCAGUUGUAUUGAUCGGCCUCACGAGGCAAACGAUUGAACGUCCAUAUAUCUGUAAAACCUCGAUGGACAUGCAAAAACAUUUUCUAUGAAAUGUUACAGCUUACAAGAUCUUCCUAGAGUAUUUAUCCUUGAAUUCAACUAGAAAUAAGAGUAAAUUGUUUCACACAUCACCAUUACUACUAUUGUUAGAUAAGAAAGUGCAGACUUUACUUUGCAAUCUUCAAUUUAAAUAUGAUGAACUUUGCAGAUACAUUGUAUUUACUCAGACAGCUUAGAUUUCCAUCUACAAUAUCUGUACUGUAAGAGGACAUUGGAUCAAGUAAAGUUCUUUGCUCAACAUUUAUGUCAUUUUUAAGCACUAGAGUUGAAUGGUUAAAUCUUGAUCAUUUUCAAGACCUUCUUUUGACCCUCAGGGUUGGCAGUAGCAGUUGUAGCUGCCAGUGAAAAUCCCCAUUACAUGCUUCAUCUUGUCUUUGUGGUUCUCUGUGUAGUAUUCCUCUUAUCUCUCUCGUAAAAUAUGCCAAUAUAAAAAAUACUUCUACAAUUUGUCUUUGGAGCAAUCACUAUAGCUAGUGUUCAUUUUUGGAAUUUUUCAUGUCAUCUGUAGGGCUUAAUAAUUGGGAAACCAAGGAAAAAGUCAGGAAAUUGUUUUUGAAGAAAAUGUUGGAACUUGAGGAAAAUGUUAUGAAUUAAAAAAUGUCUGUCACACAUUUACUUCAAACCAUAAAACUUAAUUUUCAAAAAAGUUAUGUCCUGUGAAUCACCAUACUGAACACAGGUCUCCAAAUUGGCAACUUCCGCUGCACAUUAUAAUGUAGCUAAAAUUCUUUACCAUUUGUCCUGGGGACAUGAAAACAGUUACAGCUGAAAAUGCUGCACAAACUAGACAUAAAGGGAAAAGGAAAAAAAGCAUACAUAUAUGUAGAUGAAAAUGAGAACUGUGCACCUGAUAAUUAUCUGUAACGCAAUCUCUUAAUAUUCACUUGUUAGAGUUGUAUCAUCAAGAGGUACUGUGAGAAGAGGUUUGUGAGCAAGUACAUGACAACAAUAGGGAUUGACUAUGGUGUGACAAAGUGAGUUUACCUCAUUGUAAUUUAUGUUAUUUAAAUGGUGGCAGUUGUAAAUUUCCCCAGCUCAUUGUCAUUUUUAGGGUGAUAAAGGGGUACAUCUGUUUAGUUGGUGAAAAUUAUUAGGUUGCUAUUAUUGUGUUUGGGUUUCUUAGACUAACAAAUUUGUGUGCCUUUAUUAAUUGAGUGUUCCCUGGUUAAAGAAUUUCCUCAAUUCCUUGAUAGUGGCAGUCCUAUCAUAAUAAAGUUGGUACUUUGGAGUGUUUUAGAUUUUUGCAUGAUCCAGUCAGCAUGCAUGUCACUUAGAGUGCAAGCCUUUUUACAUGCCAAUUGGUGCACUCAUUUUUUUUUUUGCAUGAGUCACAGGCAGACUGCAUAUGGAGUGUGUCAUAUUGCAUGUUGUUCGAAAUAGGACCCAACAAAAGCUAUGUCAUUUCUACUCUUGGGAUAAAGAUAAUAGAAAAGUGUAAUGUAAAAUUUCUCAAUUCUGAUCUAAGGGUUUCCAUAACCAAGUAUACUGACUGAUAAGAAUUCUAUUGCUACAUCACACUGUAUAUGGCAUUUUUUAAAUCUGGUUAUUAUGCUCCAAAUUCUUUUCUACUUAGGGUGUCAAUAAAUGACAAGGACGUGAAAGUGAACAUAUUUGACAUGGCUGGUCACCCUGUGUUCUAUGAGGUAGACUAUUUUUAAUUUUGUAGGCGUUAACUUUUAGUAUGUGCAUGGACUAUUUAAAGAAAUGGACUGGAAAAUAUGGAAUUUAUUGUACCUUGCUCCUUCUCUUAAAAUGUUUUGAUCAAAAAAGUUACUGACUUUCAUCAUGGGAACUAAUUUUUCUAUUGUUGCUUGAUUGUCAUUUUAAUUCAUUGCAUCAUGAAUAUUUUUUAGGUUCGUAAUGAAUUCUACAAGGAUACACAGGGUGCCAUGCUUGUUUAUGAUGUUGGUAACAGAGACAGUUUUGAUGCAUUGGACAGCUGGGUGGAUGAAAUUAAAAAAGAUAUUGGUAAUACUGCUGACUUUGAAGGGGUUACAUUUGCUGUUUGUGCUAACAAGGUGAGGCAGAAAACUUGUUGAUGGAACAUCACAUUCUUUUUUUUUUCUGCGAUAAUAUUACUGAGUGGAUUUAUCUGGUCUGCAUUAAACUUCCUUAAAGAGACAUCCUGAACAAUUUCUUCAAAUGCCUGUUGUGUAAAAACUUGUACACAGCCCCUCUUUAACCCUUUCACUUCCUAGAUAUCAUUAGCAAUUCUUAUUAAUAACAAUAAUAACAAUAAUAAUAGUUAAUAUUUUAGUACUUAUAAUGCUCAAUUUUAACAUGUUAUUAUAAUCUUGAAGAUGUGCAUGCCAUACAAUUCUUAUGAUGUUGGUUCCCACAAUUUGAUAUUGGAUCAACUCAUGGUCCCCUACUUGAUAUUUUUCUUUACUCUCAUCACUUAUCUGCUUGAUAUUGUUGUUAUUGAUAUUGUAAGGAGGAUUUCUUUCUUGGUCACUCUUUGGAGUUAAAGAUUAAAGGGAUUAAAGCAGGUAAUACUGGUGUAAUUCACUCAGAGACUGAUGAGUUAAAAAGGAUAUACUGUGCUUAUAGAUUGAUAGCAAGAAGAGAGUGGUGGAUGAAACUGAAGGCCAACUGUGGGCCAACAGUCAUGGAUUUCAGUACUUUGAGACAUCUGCCCAGACUGGUGAGGGAAUCAAUGAUAUGUUUCAGGUAUGGAAUAUCAUGCAACAUUAACGUUUACUUAGUAUACACUUUUAUUAUCAAUAACAGGAGGUCUGGUUGACGAGGAAAAGAUUUGUUACAUGCAAUUGCUGUUAUCAGUGCUUGUGCAGAUUUGCAAGUUAUGUACAGUACAUGAUUGUAGAUGUAAGUCACAAUCAGAGUGGCUGGUUCAGAGUUUUCAAGGAAGAGCAGGUGGCAAAUGAAUUCCAUCUCCUCUGAUUGAGAAAUAACCCUGGAGUUAGCUUGCAUAACAGGGGUCUUUUCUGGUUAGUGAGAGCUUAGUAUUCUGACUGAGUGCUGAAGCAGCCUUAGUGGAUCCGUCAGAUUGAGGAAAGUCUGCAGCAGAUAAACCAGUGAGGCAAGGGUAGGGGGGAGGGGAGGAGUCCAGAGGGAAAUUGAACAAUUUUAUUUCUCUUCCCGGCCCCCCAACACAAGCGUCUGUUGUCUGUUUUACACUAAGUAAUGUGGUAACUUUUACCCCCUACCCCACUAGGAGAGAAAGAGGGUUCAUGUAUGCUCUUCCCUAAGGGCAAUUAGCUAAAGACUAACUGAUGUGAGGGGCUUUCCAAAAAGUUCUCUAUGGCAAAAAUUAAGCUCUAAAAAGUCACAUAAUGCGACAAAAGUUGUAGGAAAAUCAAUGAGCUCUUUAAUUCUAGUAAGAAAAAUGUAAAAUCUGUUCACAACAAUAACGAAAUAAACUUGAUUUGUGAACAUUUGUCACAGUCCCAUGUCAAGCAAGACGUUUUCUUCCACAUUAGAUAUACUAUUCACAAUCAAUAUUUACAUUCAAGAAGUCAAAAACUGCAAAAUAUAAUAACAAUAAUUGUCUUAUUCAUGUCAUAUAUACAGAAAGCUGGGUUCCCAAGGGCGAAUUGACAAAGUGAAAACACAAAACAUUUCGAUUGCAAAAAUUCAAAUUUCGUGCCAUUCUUACAAAUCAGACUCCGAGUGAUUUUGAAAGCAAUCCAAGCAGAAAUGUUUCCGUAAGAGAUGCAAGGCAAUCUGCAAAGAUUCGUUCGCUUUCAUUUCAAACAAGGUUUGAAGCGUUCCUUAGAGGUUUAUAAAGAACAGGGUUCACCAAGCGUUCUGCCGAUUCUCUGAAUGAACAGCAACUAAUUCCGUCUUCGCCAACUGUAUUUGAAACUGCAGCUGAGGCCUAGAGCGGUGAUUUCUUGCUUCGGUUUCCAAAAUGUGUGCAUUCACGAUGCUUACAUUGACUAGCAACCAAAGCAAAUAUCGCUACCACUUUUGAGACUUGCGGCCCUUGGUAUAGCUGAUCAUCCAAGUCGACACCUCCCAUGUUUUGGUGGUAUGAAAUGGCGGCAGGGACAGUGGAAACUUGAACGAAGGUUCCAUUGUUUUGCUUUCUGCUGACUGUCUGGCUGCCAACUGAAUUUGACAGGGUGCUCAAAAAGCAAACUAGUUUUGGUCUUUCCAAGCUGAUGCAACACGGUCGCCACGGCUACAAAAUAUCGAUUUGCCUUUUCGUAAGGUUUAACACAGCAGCAUUUUGCGGCGACACACCAUUCUGGAAGCCUCGGCGAUUUAAGCAAAUUGUUUCGCAAAUAUAUGUUUCGUCUCUCAGUAAAUCACAAACAAGUUUGAGAGAUGUAAAAGAAUUGUCACGGAAAAUACGGCGACUUGGCUAAGCUCUCGCAGAACGCGAUAGCCAAAUCCGUGCCCUGUUACUCCGCCAUCUUGGCGCUUCGGGAACUUGUGAAGUGCAUACGUUACCAUUCGAAGAACCAGCGCUUCCCAAACUUUUGUUCCUGUCUUUAUUGGCUUAGAUGGAACGUACUAUUUUUUUUCUUUCAUACUAAGCCGUCCUUGGAAGGCAGUCAUAACUUCAUCGACAGAGAGAUUCAGUUGAAAUAAUUCGAACUUCUGCCAGGAAUACACCUGCUAUGUAAGCUACCCCAAAAUUUUUGAAUAGUGUAGAUUAAAAAGAUGCUAGCGAAAUACAUGCCUUGGUUCUACUAACCUUUUCUGAGUUCGGUUACAAUUUCUUUUUAUUUUUGAUUCGAUCAUUAACUAUGUACAGUACAUGACUUGAAUAACUCCUUGUGUGCCUGAACUCUACAAGACAGUCGAACCUUUUACUAGAGUCAUCAGCCAAAAUCUCCUAAAUUUAGUCAACGUAACUCUGAUUCUUACUCAUCGAAACCCUUUCGUUAAUCAUUGCAUGAACAAAUGCAUAUUCAUGAAAAGAAGACUCAAUAAUUGAAGUCACCUUUUUUCAUUUUUACAUUCACUUGCUCUGUAAUAACUCUUUUUGUAACUAUAUGAGCUCUUGGAACUUUCAUGAGUGUUGAAUAAUUAACACUAACAAGAUCUGUCACUUGUUCCAGACCCUCUUUCAAUCAGUAUUGGCAACGAUUGAAAAUGGUGGUAAACCAGUUCAGGUCAAUGCCUCUACAACUCUGGGUUACACCAAAGAACAGGCAGAGGCUAUCCACAGGUUGAAAUCAGCCAAAGAUAACUACGAGAGACUGGGGCUGACAGCCGGAGCGACCAGGUACGAUGAGUAACAUUAAUCGUCUUCAAUUACUGCCUUGGUUUUAUUAUCACCUCAAGUAAAAAUGAGUAAUAACAUACGACGUCGCAUAUUUUUGUAACUGAAGAAGCAAUAAAAUGAAGUCUACAUGUGUCCUGAAAUAUACAACAAAAUAAUAUGAUUAAAUCUGCAGACUUGCAACGUUCAUGCAGUGGUCGAAUGAUCAACGGUUAUUUUCGUAAACUUGUAAACUUUUCUUGUCAGUUUGUUUUCUUCGUCUUCAUGAACAGCUCGUGCUAUUACUCUAUUGAAAGCUUAAAUUUCUUAAUUUUAACUGUUGUCUCUGACAUUCUCCAAACCGUGCGCUGAGACUGUUAGACAGACUACUUAGGUCUGAUGAUUUAAACAAAUUUUAGCUGUUGAUUAAUGAAACUGCGUUCUAAACAGUCCUCGAUUAAGCUGAACUUUUUAUCCGAACUUUCAAUUUAUUUUUAUCAACAGCGCCAAGAGGGCCGAAAGCUAAUAGUGCAAAAACAUUUCUUUCAUCAAAUCGACCCUCUCAUAGAAAAAUCCUGAGGCACACUGAUUGCGUAAAACCGUGGUUUGGGUUAAAAAUCAUAUCAAUGACCGGCCCUUACUGAUUUAUUUUUUCCAUAAUCAUUUGCCAAUGAAAUUACCUUUAGUGUAUGUUCAGAGUUAAAAGUAAUCCGGGAUUGCACUGGUUUUGCUUAACUUUGCUCUGUGAUUGGUCCACAAAACUCGCGCCACUCCCUCAACCAAUCAGAUGCAAAACCAACAUCAAUCACGACUUGGUCACCCGCGUUUUCACGAGCUUUCCCGCGCUUUAGGUGGAAUUUUUCUUUCUGCUCAUUGGCCGUUGUAGUAAGUUUAGUUACCGCACUCAAUCGAAAAGCGCUUAAUCAAGUUCAACGUGUAAAAUAAAAUAUAAUGUCUAAAAUACUAACUCCAUUCGUCUGGAUCAUCGUUUCAGAGAGGAAAUUAACCGAGCCUAUCGAAGGUUGGCCAUCUUAAUACACCCAGACAAAAGUUUGGCGCCAGGAACCGAGGAGGCCUUCAAGGCGUUGGUGAAUGCCCGUGCUGCUCUGCUACAGUCUCACAGAUAACACUGAACAAGAGAUAGGCGAUGGUGUCGAUGAUGUCGCUGGCUUUUUUCAAUGACAUCAUCGAUGACGUCGCCGAUGAAACUUUCACUUCUUUGUGCACUAUGAUGUUACCAGUCUAUUCUUCUUAAACCUUUCACUCCCAGGAUCUCAUUAGUAAUUCCCCCUACUGUCUGCCAUCCGAUUCAUACGAUGUUAAUUGGGAGAAUAAAGUAUUGGAUCAACGGAUGAUCCCCUAAUUAGCAUUUUUUCUUUAUUUUCAUCACUUGUCAGAUAUAGUAUUGAUAUUUUAGGAGAAAUUCUGUCUUGGUCACUCUUAGCAGUUAGUGGGUAAAAGCCCCUCAAACCAAGUAAGUUUUGAUGAAAGGGUGAUGACAAAGCUUUACUAAAAAGUGGAAAAUAUUGCCGUGACAAUGACCCCAUGAAUGCUUUUACUGCUCCUUUCAUGCGAGAUUUCUUUGUUCGUAUCUUGUUUCGGCGUUGGGCUUGAAAUCAAUAACAUUUUGGCUUUAAAAACAAUCGGAUUAAUCAUAUAGACGACAGGAUUAACUAACUUAAACAAGAAAUCGUGUUUCAAUCCAUGUAAAUACUGUGAAAAAUAAUUUGACAAACUGACCUGGAUUUGUGGUCUUAAAUUUUCUUUCCUACUGUGCGAUGUUAAGGCAAA